AUGUCCGAGCUCCGGUCGAAGGUGCACCUCACCUCGCACCCAAUCUGCCUGAGGAUCCUUGGGCCCUGGGUGUAUGAGGACGAGAAUGAUUGCACAUGGUUGUACCUCAUCAUUGAGAAAGAAGAUGUCCUGAAAGUACUGUUGCACCAGGUAGACAUCCCCAUUGAGGAUAUCGCACUCACUCCAAGCACGAUGACAUCGCACACCAUGCCUUUGAUGUGGACGUUCCACCCUGGCAGCCAGUACGUGGACCCCAUUGGCCGGUUCUGGCGCAUCGUGCACCACAUCAAGGUGCAUGGAGUGGAGGAAAUGAUCCUUGAGCUGAUGAAGGACUCGUAG